AUGGGUUUUCUUCACCAUAAUCUCGAGCCUGUUGCCGAGCCUAUCGCACUUUUUGAUCAAUUUGUGUCACAGGAGCCGCAAACACUUAUUUUGAAAGAGAAAGUGCUUUCUGUGACUGGAGAUAGCUUUGAUGUCAAAUUGACUAGUGGCCAGACUCUUCUCAAGGUGCAUGGGGCCUGGGUAUCUAUCUCCGAUCGCAAGAAGGUCGAGGACGCCUCCGGAACCCAUCUCUUUGAUAUUGUUAAGGAGCAUUUUCAUCUCCAUACAACCUACGCGAUGGAAGACACCCAUAAGAAGAAGUUUGCUGAGGUGAAAAAUGCCCUGAAACAGCUGAUUCAAAAUGGUUCUUUAGUGGUCGGCUCCAAAGCUACCGCCACUUUCACGGAUCGCAACGACCGAGUAUCGACUUUCACUAUGAAAGGUGGCUGGUUUGACCACAGCGCCGAUAUCGUCAAUCAGAAGAACGGUCAAAGUGUUGCCCGCAUUGAUCGAAAGCUGCUCACUGGCCGUGACCUUUUAUUUGGCCAACAGACAUAUGCUGUCACUGUGGCGCCAGGAGUGGAUGCCGCAUUAAUUGCCGCAUUGUGUAUAUGUUUCGACGAGAAGAACAACGAGGACAAGGAUUAA